AUGACAACUGAAGAGGGAAAAGUAGAGACACCAGUGGCCAAAGGAGCGUUUAGCCCGACGCGCCACGUCAUGUUUGCCGACGAGGUCACGGAAGUGCAACCACAACACAAUGAUAUGAACGCCGGCAAUGGGUUGGAUGCUGUAGAGGGAAACCACACCAAUCACGAGGAAGUGCCCCAUCAUUUGCGUCAAAAUUACGGCACCGGUGGCGAUUCAAAUGACAACGGUGAAGCGGGUGAAGGAGAUUUCGGCCGUGGUAAAAGAGGUGGUCGUAAUCGAAACCGUAGGCGUCACAAUGCGAAACCAAUUUUGAAGGCUCUCGUGACGGAGGCCAAUUCCGAAGCGGAUGCUGAAGAGGACUUGCGCGUGCGCACGACACUUGUGGUAGCGGAAGAAAAUGCCCAACGCCUUCGCGUUGAACAUCAGGAACUUGAAGAUCACGCUGAUAUUGGUUCACUCUUCAAGGCAUCUGACAAGACCUUGUGGGGCCGUUAUUCACUAAAAGGUAAGCGAGUGAUGAAUACUUCCAGUGAAGAAGGCACUCCCAUGAGAUAUUCGACAAUGUGUGAUGCUUCAACGACUUCAGACAACUUGAGCUGGAGAAAUCAAGAGGAAAUGCAAGACGCAUCAACGCAAGCUGAAUUUGAGGAGAUUGUUGAAGACACACCGAGGGCCAUCAGUGGUUCGGGUCCGCUGGCGAGAUUACUUGGGGGGGUUGGUGGUCACCGUGACGAGUGGUAUCGGCGUAUUUGGAAAUUAUUUGUGCUUCUUGUUGUUCUUUUUUAUGUGCGCCGGUUUGUUCCUCGGCUGCGGUAA